CAUAUAAAAAAAAAAACGAAUAACCCUGAAACACACAUUCUUCAAUCUCCAGAAAAACAAAAAUGGCGACUUGCUUAAGCAACACCACCUUCUCAUCAUCGUCUUCCUCAAAAGCUCUUCAAUCUCUCUGCAAACGAUUUCCUCGCCCUCGCUUCCUCUCUCUCUCCUCAUUGUCCUCCUCUCGUUCUCCCAAAAUCCUACACUUUCUAUCUCCUCAUCGCCACCUUCGUCUCCGCCGAAACUUCUCAAUCCGAGCUGAAUCUUCCUCUUCUUCUUCUUCCGACAAUGGCGCUAAGUACGAUUUCGACCUAUUUACUAUUGGUGCUGGAAGCGGCGGAGUGAGAGCUUCGCGUUUCGCUGCCAAUUUUGGCGCUUCUUCCGCUGUUUGUGAGCUUCCUUUCAGUACUAUCUCGUCUGAGACUGCUGGCGGUGUUGGUGGAACAUGUGUGCUUCGUGGAUGUGUGCCAAAGAAGCUACUUGUCUAUUCUUCUAAAUAUUCUCAUGAAUUUGAGGACAGUCAUGGUUUUGGAUGGAGUUAUGAUGCUGAACCCAAGCAUGAUUGGAGCACCUUGAUUGCUAACAAGAAUGCUGAACUUCAGCGCCUCACAGGCAUCUACAAGAAUAUCUUGAGUAAUUCAGGUGUCACGCUUAUUGAAGGUCGUGGAAAGAUUGUGGAUCCACACACAGUUGACGUGGAUGGAAAACUUUACUCUGCGAGACACAUUUUGAUUUCUGUUGGGGGCCGUCCAUUUAUCCCUGAUAUUCCUGGCAGCGAGUAUGUUAUUGAUUCUGAUGCUGCUCUUGAUCUCCCAGAGAAGCCCAAGAAAAUUGCAAUCAUCGGGGGUGGAUACAUUGGUUUAGAAUUUGCUGGUAUCUUUAAUGGUUUGGGAAGUGAUGUUCAUGUUUUCAUUCGUCAAAAGAAGAUUCUUAGAGGCUUUGAUGAAGAGAUCAGAGAUUUUCUUGCCGAACAGAUGGCCGUGAGAGGAAUUGAGUUCCACGCAGAAGAAUCUCCCCAAGCUAUCACAAAAUCUGCAGAUGGCACUUUAUCAUUAAAGACCAACAAGGAAACUAUUGAUGGUUUUUCACAUAUUAUGUUUGCCACAGGUAGAAGGCCAAAUACUAAGAACUUGGGGCUGGAAGCUGUGGGGGUAAAGAUGGACAAGAAUGGAGCCAUAGAGGUCAAUGAGUAUUCUCAGUCAUCUGUUCCUUCUAUAUGGGCAGUGGGUGACGUCACUGAUAGAGUGAAUUUGACCCCUGUUGCGUUGAUGGAGGGAGGAGCAUUAGCAAAGACACUGUUUGCAAAUGAGCCAACAAAACCUGAUUACCGAGCUAUACCUUCUGCCGUGUUUUCUCAGCCACCUCUCGGCCAAGUUGGCUUAACAGAGGAGCAAGCCGUAGAAACAUACGGUGACGUUGAUGUUUACACUUCAAACUUUAGGCCUUUAAAGGCCACUUUAUCUGGUCUUCCAGAUCGUGUUUACAUGAAACUUCUAGUCUCUGCGAAGACUGGCAAAGUCCUUGGAUUGCAUAUGUGCGGAGAUGAUGCACCAGAGAUAGUGCAGGGGUUUGCAGUUGCAGUGAAAGCUGGGUUGACAAAGGCAGACUUUGAUGCCACAAUUGGCAUUCAUCCUACAGCAGCAGAAGAAUUUGUUACAAUGAGGACACCUACACGCCAAAUUCGCAAUGGCCCACCAAAGGGCAAAAAGGAUUCCGAGCCUCAACCUGCUGCAGCAGUUUAGGUUCAUGUACGGGCUGCAUUGGGAAUCAGAACUGUAACUCUUAGCAAGUAACAAGAUCCUUGCUAUAACGAACCUCUCAAGCCAAUUUUGCCUCAUUCGUAGGGUGAUUAGUUCUCCCCGAGCAUGAACAUUGAAGCUUAAUGCUUGCCAAUGCCGAAGUCUUCAACCAGAAAACCUGUACAAUAAUGGAGUUUAUUUGUUGUAAUUAUGAGUAAUGUGCAUAUAACUGCACAUUUGCGCUUACUGAAAGGUUGAUUGUUCUGCUGUAUACAUCAUCCUUUAUCUGGAAAUUGUUCAGAUAUAAGUUUGUAGAUUUUGAUUAGGCAAUAAAGUUGAGUUAAUUAUCCAGUUUGUUCAGUGUGCUUCUUUCAGCCUCAACCUGUUGAAGGCUUGACCAUGUAUUCAGAAGCAUGAUAUUAUUGUAACUUGGGCUUCAUUUGGGUGGGUGUAAAACGUUUUUCUGGAAAACAAUUUUCCACUUUUCAAUCA